AUGCAUCCGGCUAUAUUCAUCUGCCUAACCUGUCGCCUACAAUGGAAACUGGCUCUAUUGUUAGUUGGGCUAAGUCAGAAGGCGAUCAGGUAUGGAACAUUUUUUUCAUUGUGUCAGAUAAGCGAGGGAGAUCUGAUGGCAGAGAUAGAGACAGAUAAAGCGACAAUCGCCAUGGAUUCCCCAGAGGAGGGCUUUAUUGCAAAAAUUUUAGUGGCAGCGGGGACACGUGAUAUCCCCGUUGGCAUGGUAAAUGACCUUAUCGCUCAAUUUGCAAAUUAUUCGGCUGCAGACGCUGGGGGUCCUAUUCCGGCGAAGGCUACGCCUCAAAAAGAACCUAUUAGUCAACCGGCACCUCCGGUCAUUCCUGCAGCCAUCCCCGCUGCCAGCCCUACUGUUUCUUCUGCCCCUCCACCUCCUAGUGGAAAAUUGUUUCCUUCCUCUCCAUUAGUGAAACGACUCGCUGCAGAACGAGGAAUAAAUUUGAACAUGUUAUCCACUAAACUCCCUCAAGGUGGUUCGGGUAUGGAUGGGAUGUAUGUGUCAUCUGACCUUGAAUCAUUGGCUGCUCAAGUUUCUGAAGGUGUAACUCCAACCACCUUCACAGCGCCCUCCGCCUCUUUCAUUGAUUUGCCACUGUCAGAUAUGCGAUCAGUAUGUUUUUAUUUUACUUAUGUGUUUUGUGUUGUGAUAUGUUCACUCUGA